AUGAAUUGCAAGAAAUGCCUUAAUACUGUAAUUAAAGAAGACAAAAUAAUAUGUUCUGAAUGCAAAACUGUAGGCCAUUAUUAUUGUUUUAGCCUAAAUAAAAAUUAUGUUGCUAAAAUGCCCAAGACCACAAAAAAUAAAUGGACUUGUAACGAUUGCAAAAUAAAAUUGAAUAAAAAAAAUAAUCAGCAGGUGAGUAUAGAAAAAAGUAAUAUUGAAUCAUUAGCUGAAUCUGUUCAAUGUAUAUACAAUAACUUAGACGAAUUUAGUAUAAAAUCGGGGAGAAUCUUAAAUGAAAUGAAACUACUCAAAGAACAAAACACACUACUUAUCAAAAAUAAUGAGAAACUUAUAACAGAAGUACAGUUCAUAAAUUCAAAAAUUGACAGAAUAAAUCAGAAGUCAUUAGAUGAAGCUAUUAAAGUAAAAGGGAUUCCACUAACUUAUAAUGAAGAUUGCAAAUCGUUAAUUAAUGAACUAUCGAAUAAGCUAAACGUCACAUGCAACAUAGAAAAUGCAUACAGAAAAAAAUCUCAGGAGAAAACGGGUGGUAAAAUUAUUGCUUGGCUGUCAGAUAAAACUGAAAAGAAAAAUUUAAUAUCAGCUAUCAAAAGAGAUAAAACAACGGCUAAACAACUUCGUGUUGAAUGGCCGUCAAAUAAAAUUUACAUAAAUGAACAUCUUACCAUAUUCAAGAGUGUAUUAUUGAAUAAAACAAAAACAAUUGCAAAGGCUAUGGGUUUCGAAUUUAUCUGGACAGAUAAUGCAGAUAUACUUAUACGCAAAAACAAACAUACAAAAAUCUACAGAAUCCGUAAUGAAAUGGAUUUGAAAAAUUUGAUUGAGAUACCUGAAAAUUUAUAA